AUGGAUGACCAGCAAAAGGUGGAAACUGACAUAAAAUUGCCACAGAGAGUGGGAAUUUGCCGCAGCAAAUCACAUAAUAGAGAUCGCCGUUCGUCCGAAAAUCUAACGGAAAGUAGUGAUGAAUCCGAAAUUGAACAUGAAACAAAUAAUGCCCAUGCUGAUCAUGAUACAUCGUCGCAGACACAAGCCCAGGAGAAGCGGAAGAUUCAUAAUUCGAGCUCCUCAAACGACCUCACUGGGUCGUUAUCGGAAAGUGGUUCUGAAGAUGACAAAAGCGACGAAACGAAGCAAUCCCUGGACGAUAGCCAGCCUCAAGAAUUACCUACGAAAAAUCGAAAAUUCGACAACAAGGCCUGGGGAAUUAUGUCAAAAAUGGGAUACAAGGAGGGAACCGGUCUGGGCGCGAAGGAACACGGAAGGAAGGUGCCGGUGGACGUCAAGCCGCAGUACGGCAAGCGGGGCCUUGGAUUAGUGGUGAAAGGCAUCGAACCGUCGUUCUCAGUACAGUGGGAUUUUGAACACGAGGAUGCAAGUAUUUUCGAACUCAUAUCUUAA